AUGGCAUCGAUUGUAAGAUCGAAACCGGUUAUUCUCCUGCUCUUCGUACAAUCAUGCCUCUGUCUUCUCUCUCCGUCUCUCGCAAUUUCAUCUGGGUCUUCUCUUGAUGGUUACGCCAUAAAUGGUAGAGUGAAGAUCCCAGGUAUCGGUGCAAAAGGACUUGGAAGUCACGGAAAAAUAUCCAAUGUCAAAGUUAUCCUCAAUGGUGGCCAACAUGUUACGUUUCUGAGGCCUGAUGGAUAUUUUUCAUUUCAUAAUGUGCCAGCGGGGACUCAUUUAAUUGAAGUGGCUGCUAUUGGCUAUUUCUUUUCUCCGGUCCGAGUUGAUGUUAGCGCCAGAUUCCCGGGUAAGGUUCAAGCAACGCUGACGGAGAAAAGAAGGAGUCUGAGUGAACUGGUAUUAGAGCCAUUAAAGGAAGAGCAGUAUUACGAGAUUAGGGAACCCUUCAACAUAAUGUCUGUUGUCAAAAGUCCGAUGGGUCUCAUGAUGGGAUUUAUGGUGUUGGUUAUGUUUGUAAUGCCAAAAUUAAUGGAAAACAUGGAUCCGGAGGAGAUGAAGAGAGCACAAGAAGAAAUGAGAAACCAAGGGGUUCCAUCCCUAGCAAGCAUGUUGCCAGGAGCUGGAAGGAGCAAUUAG